GUCUGGGCGCAAGCUGGGGGAAUUGGACAAGGUCAGACAUGCACCCACUGGAGAUGCUAAUGUAGUACGCCGCUCCUCCGGGGACUGCCAGCCUUCAGUGGCAUCUCAUAGCUUUUCGGGUCUUCGUUUCUCUCUCUGCUUCUCUACGGGCAUACUCCUCCAGUACCUGGGCUCUCUCUCAGACAAUCGCAACCUUUAGCUAUGCCCUAAGAUUGCCCCGAUCCCCACCCGUGCAGUGCCCAGACCACAGCAGGUGAGGGAGGGAAAUGGAAAAAGAAGAGAAGUGCAAGAAUGCCAGAGAGGAGAAUAAGGAACUCGAGGAGGAAGAGGAGGAGGAGGAGGAGGACAAAAAAGACAAGAUCUUGGAGGAGGAGGUAAAGAUGCCACAGAGGUUAUUCAGGCCAGGUGCGAUACCCAAGAGACUGAUUUAUUCAACUGCGGCUGGUGGUGGCGUCAUUUUAGUCUUAUUGCUAGCGGUCCUCUUUAGUAAGUUCGUUGGAAAAAAGGCAGAUAUAAUCUCUGAAGACAAGCUCUGCCCACCUAACACAACUGGGUGUCCAAAAGGCUGGUUCAGAGCUUUUCGUAAAUGCUACUACCUAUCACUGGAUCGAAAGUCCUGGAAUGCCAGUCAGAAAGCGUGUAGGUCUCUUGGUGCAAAUCUGGCUAUAUUUAGAACCAUGGAGGAAAUGGAAUUCCUGAUGAAACGUAUUGGCUUUCAUAACUACUGGCUUGGACUAACUAAUGACACAGGAACCUCAUCCUGGAUGUGGACAGAUGGAACUUCACCUUCCAGUUGGUUGCUGAUUGAGGGAGCUGGUUGUGCUCGUUUAAGCAAAAGAGGCAUUUCUACUGACAGUUGUAAAUCUUCUAGAAACUACAUGUGCAGCAAAGUCGACUUAUGCGGCUAAAGAAAGAGUGGCAUUCAUAAAAAGGGGAUGGUCCAGAUGUGACUAGUUAAUACUACGUGGCAAAUCCCAGUGAAGAGCCUUAAUUAGGCUAAUGAGAAAGUGAAUAGAUCGACUUGCUCUGGUCGAAGUUUAAACGGUCUUUGAAGUGGGAGAAGCCUUCAGCUGUGAUCUAGUUUAACCCCAAUCUGAAGCAUGAAUCUUCUCAACGUUAUUGCCCUGACAGCCUCUUAACUCCCUAAAGUAAUUGUGUUUCAUUUUGCUGCUUUUGUUUCCAUAGUCUUUAGUUUAAAAAAAUAAUAAAAGCCUUAUUUUGUACCUUU